AUUGGUUCAAGAUGCUCUCGGGUCUCAACGUUCAACCAUAACGUUCAUCAUGUUAGCUGGCAAAAACGCGCAACGUCUUACAGAGAAUGUUCAAUCAUCCUUCACGCCGACCGUGAUCAGCGACACUAUGGAGGCUAUAUCGAGGCCGUAAUUGCUGAAAGCAGUUGCAUAGUACGGCUAUUGGCACAAUGCAAUGCCAUGCAUCAAGCAGCGUUCAUUGUCUUCUUGCAUCGCUCUUAGUACUCACUCUGUGCUCGAUGGAACUGACGCUACCUUCUCUCUCUCCUGCCCUUCAUGCGCUUCUCGAGUGACGGCCCCGUUUUUCUCUCCGACGGGACUGCCCGUGCCCGCCUGGCCGCGGACUACGACUGCGCCAUCUACGUCGAGUGCGACGGCACGCAGAUACACGAACAUCGCAUCAAUCAGGGGGCAGGAAACACCAUGUCUUGCUUCAUCCAGAGCGAGACAGGAAAGGAAUUUCGGCUUCGCUGCAAUAACCGAACGGGGUGGUGGCUCUCCAUACAAUGCAGCUUCGAUGGGCGGACGAUCACUCAGCAGUGCGGGUGCCCGCCACAGCAAGACAGCCCUGCGUUCCAGGUGGGUGCGGGGCCGAACACGAUCAAACCCUUCAAGUUCGCGCAGGUCAUGCUACCUGGUGUUGGGAUGCAAUGGAUGGUCCCAGAUACCCACAACCUCGGGCUCAUCGAGCUGAAGGUGUGGCGGUGCCGCAGGGGCGAUGAUGCGCCCUCAGUUCCGCAACACCUCAUUCAGUCGCACAUCUCAUCUAUCGAAGUGGCCGAAUUCGAACACAAUGUUCUUGUGGCUCAGCAGGACAAGGCCGCCAUGCAUUGCACCGUACUCGGGGGCUCCGAACCUGUGAUUGGCAACUUGCCCGUCGCGAGCCUCCCGUUGGACUCCCCAGAGCACCCUUUCGCGGUGUUCCGCUUUCACUACAGACCCAUUGAGAUACUUCAGUCCAUCGGUGUGAUCCAGCGACGACAGCCUGAGGCGCCGCUCGCCCCACGGCCAGUACGGCUGAACCAGGGACACGGAGUCCAGGGACAGUGGACUCCCUACAUGCCUCCACCAAGCCGCUCUAGCAAUGGCUCGGGGUUCCAGCCCAGACUAUUGCAAUACAUCCGGCCCGCAUCCAUCCCCAGGCCCAGCAGCAUAAGCAGCGCGAGUAGCAUCGCCAGCGCAGGCUCGUAUCUGCCAGUGGCGCCCGCGCCGAGCCGGGCGGGGAGCAUCUACGCGCCCUCGGCAGCGGGCUCGUUCGCGCUGCGCCCGCCGAGCAGCAUCACCUCCGGAUCCGCAGGCCUGAUUGAUAAGGAAGACAAUGACGACUCCGCUUCUGUGCACUCGCUGAAGACGGAGAUGGAGUUCAUAGCCUAUCAGGUGGACGAGAUGUAUGACGGCAUGCAGGAUAUGAAGAAACAGCUGGACCGGAUUGAGGAGAAGCUCAGCCGUCUCCUUGACCGACCUUCGUCGGCUGCCGCGGGCGACGACCAGCCCACCAAACCAGACGCGUGAAGUUGCUUACGCUAUUUCUAUGGCCUCGACAGCAAUCUCUGGCUCGAUUAAAGUACAUAUCUCUCUUUUUUAAUAGCCGGACGACGUACCUCAAACCGUAGCAUCCUGGGAUCAAAUCCAUGAACACUGUUGUGACGCCGAAUGCCACCUGAACUGUCAUUAGACCACUAU